AUGGGACUUCGUGGCUUGGGCCAGUGGACUUUGAAACAAGCCACGGACAAGUACAACAACUUGCUUGCCACCUGCCGCGAUGACUACGCGAGCUAG